AUUUGCAUAAUGAGACUUCCUGUCCCGAAGUCAAACAGUCGAGCACAACAUGGCGGGACGGUGGAAGUAGCGGCGCAUUUCUGUCCGUUUGGGAGCCAGAUUUCGGUCAGUUUUGGGAAGAUGGAGAGCUGCAGCUCGGAUCAGAGUGUCCCUGAGAGUGACAGCGGGUCGUGGGCGAGGUUUUGGCAGCAGGACGGCCUGUCUUUCGUCGGGCAAGACAGUUGCAGCGAUAUCAAAAACCUGGAUGAAGACAAGGAGAUUGCCUCAUCAGCGGUCGCGCUGGUGGUCCGGAGCACUCGGCGUGGGAUCGUGCCACUGUGUGCCGAUAUCGCAAAUCUUCUUAGAGCACGGAAAAGCUUGGAGAACAUGGUAGCCAUCCAGCGGCAGGAACUGAACAGACUUCGGCACGUGCCUCCGCCAAACUCCGUCAACAGCAGUCCGCAAACGAGCCGGUCCGUCAGCCCGCUGCAAACUCGCGUCACGUCUUGCCGAACAACCUCCCCGACCAACAGUCGCGACAGGGGCGUACAGACACAGGAGGUGUCGAGUGUAUGCACUCAAUGUACCACAGCAAGCAGUAGAAGUAGUAGCGAGGGGCUGCAGAGAACCACCAUAAGGGAGGGGGAGGAGGUGACCAACGAUUGCAAUGUAUCAACGCGCGAAUACUCUUCAAAAUCGCACCGAACGAGAAGAAAACUGCCUCGUCAGUACUCCCUCCCUGACAUGGGGGACAGUCAGGAGAAGCGCCCUCCCACCACCAAGUCUCGCAGUCUGGAUGACCAGCUGUCUGUGUCGUCCACUGAGGUGCAGUGUGACAUCCCCAACAGCUGUGAGAAUGAGAAACUACUCAAGCAGUACAGGGAAACCUUGAGAUUGAACUCCAAACUUGUGGAAGACCUCACAUCAGCUAGGAAAGAAAUCGAGAGCCUGAAGAGACAACUCGCUCAACAAGAGAAAUUAGCCCUAUACGAGGACACCUACCGGAUAGAGCACGAACUGCAGCAGCUGCAGCAGGGUUGUGACCCCAUCGACAUGGUCCAACCCGACGAGUACAUCACCCUUCCCACAAUGCCUGCUGCUGACCACCUACCCAAAGGCAUUAAUGGCAGUCCAGCCUCUCGUGUCCACAGUGCGAGGCCAACCCCCCCACCCUUCUCCCCUCCCCCAGACUUCAGGCCGCUCCUGGGCUGCAAGUGCACCAUCUGUUACGCUCUCCAGACCUACGGACAGUCCGCGCCACAGCCGACCGACGGCAAAAACGGCUGCAGCACCAAUAGCAGAAAAGUUCUGCACAGACCCAAGUUCCAUGUCCAGUUGAAUGACCACGUGGUGUUGCGGGGAGACCGCACCGGUCUUGUCCGGUAUAUCGGACACCUGGACAACGUUGGAGCUCCGGCAGUCAUAUAUGUCGGGAUAGAAUUAGAUGCACCAAUUGGCAGACAUGAUGGCUAUGUUAGCGGAAAGCGCUACUUCUUUUGCCAUCGCAACCACGGAGUGUUUGUUCCUAUCCAAGAUGUCAUCUGUAUCAUAAAUAAACAGCAGCCACAAGCAAACCGGCGACCGCACACGGUCGACGUGAAACGAACAUCUUCUGGGUCCAGCGAGAUGUCGUCAGGUUCCGGCCAAUCGCAGUCAAGUUCGGGAGUCGAGUCAAGUUCAAAGACUAGCUUUGAACUGCAGGAAACGAGCCCCAAGAGAAAUGUCCGGACGCCAACAUCGCAACUGAGGGGUAAAAACUUUCAUAGGACUAGUGAAAGCAAGAUAGAAACAUCUUCAGUUUGAGAUGGUGCAAAUGAGCUGUCAUGUGUGCAGAAAAAACACUCUUCUAAGGAGGCAGAAGUGACAACAGUACUAGUGCGCGAGGGCAACAUGGUCACUGGUCAAAAAGUGUCACGGAUGCACCAACUACAGUCUUGUGCCUUCAAGACAAAUACUACGAAGUACGGAACAAUGUACAUGUACCUCCUGCAUGUGUGAAUUGUUUAUAGUUACAUACUAUAAGAAUUCAAAGGGUUGGAUGUUGUUUAAAAAAGGAACACAAUUAAUGAAUUAUGAAUACCGGGUAAUUGUAAGAAAAGUGGUGUCGUGCAACAUGCCAUAUGUAGCAGGAAAGGCCUUGGUCUUGUAAUGUCAGCAUUAUCAAGACCUUGAUCUUGAGAUUUUGUAAAGAAAAUAAAAACUGACAGACUAAGUACUUUGUGCUGUUACAACAUCUGCACUUUGUGGUCACGGUAGCAAAUAAGGAAGCCCACGUACAUGUGAGGUGAAUAUAAAUAGGGGGAGAUUGCUUUGGCACAUGCAAAUUUUCUCCUAAGAAAGACAUUGUUCGCAAAGUUGAACAACUAAAAUGAUAUAAUGUGAUGCUGCUUCCAAAUGUCGCUGAAUAGCAAACCAUGGUACAGAGAAAAAUUUACCAAUUUUUAACAGACUUAUGCAUUUUUAAGUUUGCAGGGAUUUAAUUUCACAUUAGUGGGGAAAUGGAGUGCCAUAUACUCAUAGUCACAUACUGUAAUGGGAAAAUGUUCAUGGUGGUUUAACAUAAAACUACCUCAAACAUUUCUACAUUUUCAGUACAUUCAUCAUUUUGUUGGUUAAGUUAAUAGCCAGUAACUUGACAGUUCUAAGUAGUAGUAUCCAGGAUUUCCUCAGUCAACCACAACCUCUGUUGCCUGGUAACUGCAUUGGUGAUGCAGUUACCAGGCAACAUGUGAUGCCGCCACUGAGCUUUGAAUAAAGUUCAGAAGCAUCCUACAAUAAGCUAUUUCACGGUUUCAACUGGGCAUGCUCAGCAAGAUGCAUUGUGGGCAAAAUGUCAAAGUUGAAGGCCCCUGAAACAGAAACAAGUACCAUAUCCUCUGGUCCAGGGUAAAAGAUAUUGUUCACAGGAAUUCUAACAUUUUCCCACAGUAUUCAUUCUUUUUUGAGUAUGAAAUUUUCUGUAAAGGGAGGCCAAUUUUUUUCUUGGAGGGGGAGGGGGGGGGGCAAAUUUUGUUAUGUGUUGUUUGUUUGAAAUAAAUCUGUCCAGUAAAUGGCCAGACCAGAACUGCCUUUCUGAGAGUGACAAAGAAAAAAGCCACAUAUACAAUUAAACUGUAAUUAUUAGCAAUUGUUAAGAAGUUUUGUCCUACUCCUUAAUUGAACAAUUUUUAACAAGCCUAACUGUAAUGAUACCCCACAAUGUUGCAGUAUUUUUCUACUUGUUCUGCAAAUAGUGCCUGUGUAUAUAGUAUAUAUAGUAUAUAUAUAUAAAUGACGUAGUUGUUGAUAUGCUAUUUUUUACUACGGUAACCGUUCUGUGUUGUUCUUGUCUAAGAGGGUGGUGUUGGGGUUUCACUCACCACAAAAGCACAUUUUUGUGUCCUUGUCAUUGUUGUGAGAAAGACUACUUUGUUUUAUCAUGGAAGCUCAUCUGUGUUGGUAGUAAUCAUAGUACGAUACUAAACUUUCUUCCAACAUAAAGGUAUACAUGGAGCUAAUUUUCAGUGACCACUGACGCCUUCUUCAGGAUCAAUACUGAUGACCAAUCACUGAACGUUUGACUGAUCGCUGACGUCACGUAUCUUGAAGAUCAUGUUUCAACAAGAUCACAUGUCUGUAACUCGGGAGUUUCCGUUCUGAAGUGAUUGGUCAUCAGUAUUGAUCCUGAAGAAGGCGACAGUGAAAAUUAAGUUAAGUUUAUUUUAUUUUAUUUUAUUCACAUUUAUUUAAGGAGCAUAGGACAAAAGCAUGUCUGCUUGUGUGAGUCUUCUGCUCGGUAAACAUAAAAACAACAGUCAAAGUCAACGGGAACUUAUAAAUACAACAAAUAACAAAGAUUGACAUUGGAUAAGCAUCAACGGAAGAAAAGUAAUAAUUGCAAAGUUACAAUAAAAACGAAAAUUUGAUCUGUGUAUACCUUUGUGUUUGAAGAAAGUUUAGCAUUGUACUAUAUGACUCCUUAUUUUUGUGGUCGCCAACAAUGUGUCUUGUAAACACUUGACAACUACUCAAACUUUUCUUAGUUGGGGUAGGACUAAAGAUGUGUGUGUGUGUGGUGUGCACUGUAUGUGACACUUACUUGUCCAUUAUUGCUUCCAAUGGUGUAAAAAAUGAGACCUAAUUAAUUACAUAAUUAUCGUGAUAUCUAUUUUCUUCAACCUGUUCAAGUUUUGUCUGCAUAGUAUUAAAGUGAAGAAAUUAUAUUAGCAAGAUUAUGUCAGCAGCUAUUUUUUUUUUACAAUGAUUUUUAAGAAUUGUGUUGUCUUUCCAACUUGCUAUGAGGGUAUGCGCUUACAAGCACACAUUUGACAUACAUUUGUACAUAAUAGAUGCGUGUGUCUGUGUUUUAAUUUUUGUUGGGGCAUAUUGCAUUCUCUGUUACAAAGUGAUGAAGCGUAAGGCAUUAAGCUACACAAGACAAAAUGUUAUAUUCCACAACUAGGCCAUUUAAUCAGUGCUUUCUGUGUAGAUUUUUAGUUCAUAUGAUUCUUGAAGACAUGUUACAAGCCCGAUAACCGGACAUGGUUAAAUAUACAUCUACUAACUGUCUUAACAUCUUGCAGGAAAUGUUUUCUACUUCAGGGUGCAAAAAUAAGGCCUUUUGUACUGUUAUGGUGUCGUCCCAUUUACCAUAGAUUGCCACUGUUUUUUUUUUUAGAUCUUUAAGGAGGUUGUGCCAGAACCAAGCGCCAGCAAAGAUCUGAGAUAGAAUUAUAAGAAAACAAGACACUUAACGACACUGAAAUGAAUGUGGGGGUUCAAAGUAUUAGCUAUACAUGUAUUUUUUCAGAAGUUUUGUUCUAUUUCACAUAAUAUUUGUGUUGAUUUGUCCAGAUCUGACUUACGUUUGAUAUGAAUUUUAUGUACUUAUGUGCUGGACGGGUGUCAAAAGGUAUUGUUCUAAACGUUAUCUUAACCUCAUGUUGUUGUCGUUGUGAGUGCCGGGGGUGUCAACACGACUUAUGUGUUUGAAAUAACAUUUACCACUUGCGUUUCUCUGUCGGGAAAGAAAUGCAGACAGACGAAUAAACAUAUAACAAAAA